UGCCCUCUAUUAAAUAUUUUAUUUAUACAUUGUCAAAUUCUUAAAGUAUAUGAAAAUUUGAUGUCAGGGGAAAUUAAUUAGAUUUGUGCUUAGAAUUCUAAGUAAAAUUAUUUUCAUUUAACCUGUCAUUGAUAGGUCUUCUUCUAUUUUAACUGUUUGAUUUAUAUUAUCCCCCCCAAGUUCUUGUAAUCAUGAUUUCUGAACGUUCAUCUUUAAAGUAUUAAGGGUUUACUAGUCUCUCUGUGCCCUGUACCCUCCAUAAUAGAUAAUUCUAUUCUGCUUUUUUGACCAUUAUUCUUUUCACACUUACUUGUACAGCCAACAAUUAUUAGCAGAUUUUUUUCUAUGCGUGUUCUUAGUCUACUGAAGAUUAUGCUUCUAUUAGGCAUUUUAAAAGAUAUUUUAAGUUUUUUUCAACAACGACCUCUUAAAACCAAGCGAUGCUUUCUUCCUGACACCCCUUCUCUUGUAGCAAACCUGUAUUUAACCUCCCUUCCAUGCUUUUGAAAUCUAAGGAGCACGGAGUUAUUGCUACAUCUCAGCAGCGCUUGCAGCAUUCUGAGAAAUAAACUGGCAGGCAUCACAGGUAACACAAGCGUAGCUAGGGAAGGCCAGGUUGCACAAGCGUGUGCAGCAGCGUGGGCCUGGGAGGUGCCCUCCUUCGGAGUCAGCCGUUCCGUGGCGAGGUUCCCGGCGUACGCUCUCCGCGAGAGAACUGAGCUUGUCUCUUCCCGAAUGUCCUUUAGCUUAAGGAAAAUUUGAUCCGUUUGGUUUACGGAUAGUAACCCUAAUAUUCCACUUUUCUCAGUAGGCAAGUUAGACUUAACAAAUUAAAUUGCAUUUGGGAAAGAAGUGGGGAGUCAUUCAGCAUCACCAAAUGUCAUUUAUCUAGGUAAUCCUGUUUUACUUUUUGUCUCUGCAUUUAUUUGGUCAUGUAAAUGUGCUGAGAACUAAUAAAAAUUUGCAGUUGGUGAAAGUUAAUGCAUGACUCUCCAGCAGAGUACGGAAUGAAAGCAUGUGUCAUGAAACUGCCAUUCUUUCAGCCUUUAUUUUCCAUCGCUUACGGACUGGUUCCAUCUGGAGUGUAGUCCAUUCUUAUUUUUUGUUUCAUAGAUUGGCCAAAAUGGGAAGGACUGGAUUCCGCUCUCUUCCACGAAGAGUCAAUGGGACUGGCUAAGAUCAAGGUCUGAGGCUUUUUCCAUCCAUCAUCAGUCCCUUUUUGCUUUCUUUUACGACCACAUGAAACUUGAGAAGCCACCUAAAGCUAAAUCAUUUAGUGGAGUUGGGCAGUUCCCAAGUGUCCAACAAGAAGGCCUGCUUUAGGCUGCGAUGGCCACUGUCAUCCCUGGUGAUUUGUCAGAAGUAAGAGAUACCCAGAAAGUCCCUUCAGGGAAACGUAAGCGUGGUGAAACCAAACCAAGAAAAAACUUUCCUUGCCAACUGUGUGACAAGGCCUUUAACAGUGUUGAGAAAUUAAAGGUUCACUCCUACUCUCACACAGGAGAGAGGCCCUACAAGUGCAUACAACAAGACUGCACGAAAGCCUUUGUUUCUAAGUACAAAUUACAAAGGCACAUGGCUACCCACUCUCCUGAGAAAACCCACAAGUGUAACUAUUGUGAGAAAAUGUUUCACCGGAAGGACCACCUGAAGAACCACCUGCACACGCACGACCCCAACAAAGAGACGUUCAAGUGCGAGGAGUGCGGCAAGAACUACAACACCAAGCUCGGGUUCAAGCGCCACCUGGCCUUGCACGCGGCCACCAGCGGCGACCUCACCUGCAAGGUGUGCCUGCAGACGUUCGAGAGCACGGGCGUGCUGCUGGAGCACCUCAAGUCGCACGCGGGCAAGUCGUCGGGCGGGGUGAAGGAGAAGAAGCACCAGUGCGAGCACUGUGACCGCCGCUUCUACACGCGCAAGGACGUGCGCAGACACAUGGUGGUGCACACGGGAAGGAAGGACUUCCUCUGCCAGUACUGCGCCCAGAGGUUCGGGCGCAAGGACCACCUGACGCGGCACAUGAAGAAGAGUCACAACCAAGAGCUCCUGAAGGUCAAGACGGAGCCCGUGGACUUCCUGGAUCCCUUCACCUGCAAUGUCUCCGUGCCUAUCAAGGACGAGCUCCUCCCGGUGAUGUCCUUACCUUCCAGCGAACUGCUGUCCAAGCCAUUCACAAACACACUGCAGCUAAACCUCUACAACACCCCGUUCCAGUCCAUGCCCAGCUCGGGGUCCGCCCACCAGAUGAUCACAACUCUGCCCCUGGGCAUGACGUGCCCCAUCGACAUGGACGCUGUGCACCCCUCCCACCACCUUUCGUUCAAGUACCCGUUCAGUUCUACCUCAUACGCAAUUUCUCUUCCCGAGAAGGAGCAGCCGCUGAAGGGGGAGAUUGAGAGCUACCUGAUGGAGCUCCAGGCUGGGGCGCCCUCCUCUUCCCAGGACUCCCAGGCGUCGUCCUCCAAACUCGGGCUGGAGCCGCAGAUCGGGUCCCUGGAUGACGCCGCGGGGGACCUCUCCCUGUCAAAAAGCUCCAUUUCCAUCAGCGACCCCCUCAACACACCGGCAUUGGAUUUUUCUCAGUUGUUUAAUUUCAUACCAUUAAAUGGGCCUCCCUAUAACCCUCUGUCGGUGGGGAGCCUUGGGAUGAGCUAUUCCCAGGAAGAAGCACAUUCUUCUGUGUCUCAGCUCCCGCCCCAGACCCAGGACCCCCAGGAUCCUGCAAACAGCAUAGGUCUCGGCUCGCUGCACUCCCUGUCAGCAGCGUUCACCAGCAGUUUAAGCACGAGCACCACCCUGCCACGUUUCCAUCAGGCUUUCCAGUAGGACUCCGAGACGCGGAUCUGUUACAGAAACGUAUGUGUAGCCCUGCCUUAGGUGACCGUGUUUAUUUUAGUGCCUACUUUAAGACAGUACGAAAGUUUCUGCUUCUGUAUAGCACCAGUCUUCAUUAAGCCAGCAUCACGUAGACACUAGCUUUCCAAAUGAGCUUGGGAACCGUUUGUGUUCAGCUUUGUUUACCUGGGUAUUUUGUCCUGAUUCACUGCCAAUUGUUACAUUUGAAGAUGGUUUCUCACAUAGGAAAGCCAUUAUGAGUAGUAAAAGUCUUACAAAUCCCUUGUUCAAAUUACUUUUAGAUCUUAAAUUUUUUUUUUUUUUUGUCCACUAACAGUGGCUCUAGCUUUU